UGACAGUUGAUUUUUUCUGUACACUUGACUUACAUUCUUAUUUACUUUCCGUGUUUCAGUAAAUUUAUUUGAAUUUUAUUAACUAAAAUUUUGUUAUAACAUAUAAUUUCUUUUAAAAUGGAACUUCAAGAUACUUAUUAUAAUAAAUCCGAAUACGUAGAAACUGCUUCAGGAAAUAAAGUGAGUAGACAGACAGUUCUAUGUGGAUCGCAGAAUAUUAUAUUACACGGUAAAGUCAUUGUACAAAGUGAUGCUAUCAUAAGAGGUGACUUGGCAAAUGUAAAAACAGGACGAUUUUGUAUCAUUAGCAAAGGAUCUGUUAUACGGCCACCUUUCAAGAAAUUCAGCAAAGGUGUUGCUUUCUUCCCAUUGCAAAUGGGUGAUCAUGUAUUUGUUGGUGAGAAUACAGUUGUGAAUGCUGCUGUUGUCGGCUCAUAUGUUUACAUUGGAAAAAAUGUUGUCAUUGGUAGAAGAUGUGUGCUCAAAGACUGUUGUAUGAUUGAAGACAACUCUGUCCUCCCCGCUGAGACUGUUGUGCCCUCAUUUGCAAGAUACUCUGGCAGUCCAGCACGGCUUAUCACAACACUACCAGAAGCUAUGCCAGAUCUAAUGUCUGAGUUCACUAAGAGUUAUUAUCAGCAUUUUCUACCCACUACAGUGAAUUAGUUUAACAAAAUUAAAUACUAGCCAUAACAUGUGACUUUUGGUUGAAGAAUUAUGAUGACAAUCUUUUUUACUAAUCCACAAUGUGGUAUAAAUACCAAAUUUUGUUCCAAGCUGUUCAGCUGUUUAAUCAUGAUUGAAUAAUAAAUCUCAUAACAUCUUUGUAAAUUUAUUAUUGUUUGUAAUAUUAUUAUGGUUAAUUUAUAUCACAUGUUAAAUAAUAAAUAAAGAUUGCUACUUUGAAAAUAUUUAAAUAUAAAAAAAUAAUUAUAGGAAAAGAUUAUAUGGAACAUUAUCAAUAAGCCACAACAUAUUGAAUUGUGAAAAUGAUGAGCAGAAGAGGAUGAUGACAUUUCCAUUAUUAAAUUUUAAAACCUUGAAAUUUUAGAUUAUGGAACAUCAAAACAUGAUUCACUAUCCAAGAUCUAAAGUUACAUACAAUAUACAUAUACAUACAAUAUACAUGCUAAUAAUUUCCAUCUGUUAUUGCACUAUCAUAUUAUUUAUUAUAAUUAUUAUAUCAGUAUUCAUAAUUGUAUAAAUUAAAAAUACUGUUUUUC